AUGGGUAUAAAAGAUAAUUUAGCCAAAAUUGGUGUAACUAAGAAAGAAAUUUAUCGUGGUUCAUCUGCAAAUUUAAGUUUGGCAAUUUCAAAUUCAAAAAUAGUUGAAGUUAAUGAAAAAAAUGGAAAAAUUUUAUCAAGAGAAAAUUCAAGAGAUACUGCUGAAACAUUUAAACCUGAGACUUUGGAAAGAGGAUUAAAAUCAAGACAUGCUCAAUUAAUUGCAAUUGGAGGUGCUAUUGGUACUGGUCUUUUUGUUGGUUCAAGUAUCACUUUAACUACUUGUGGUCCUGCUAGUUUAUUUUUAUCUUUUAUUUUACUUGGAUCAGUUGUUUAUUUUGUCACUACACAGCUUCUUGCAAUGACUGUUUUUUUACCUUUACCAGGUAAUGGACCUUUGGCUUUUAUUAAUGAUUUUUUAUCACCAAGUUUCGGAUUUUGUCUUGGAUUCAAUUAUUUUUAUGCAUUUGCAAUACUAGUUGCUGCAGAAGUAAGUGUUUGUUCGUUGAUUGUUGGUUAUUGGAAUGACAAGAUUUCUCCUGCCGUCUGGAUCACUAUCUUCCUUGCUGUAAUUAUUUUUUCGAAUUUUUCACCAGUUCAUUAUUUUGGUGAAAUGGAAUUUGUGGCUGCUUCAAUUAAAUUGAUAGCAUUAACAGGAUUAAUAAUUUUGAGUAUAGUUCUAUUCUUUGGCGGGGGUCCAAAUCAGCAUGGAGUAUUGGGUUUUAGAUAUUGGAAACAUUCUCCAUUUAAAGAACAUUUAACUAAAGGUUCAACAGGAAGGUUUUUAGGUUUAUGGACCGCUAUUAUUAAAUCAGGGUUUGCUUAUAUUACUAGUCCCGAAUUACUUUCAACUACUGCUGGAGAAACUGUUGAUCCAAGAAGAAAUGGUAUAAAAGCUGCUCGUCGUUUCAUUUUUAGAUUAGUGUUUUUCUAUGGAGCUGGAUCAUUAGCUAUUGGAUGCAUAGUUAGUUCAACAGAUAAACAUUUAUUUGGUGGUGCAUCAGAUGCAAGUGGUUCACCAUUUGUCGUUGCAAUUAAAAAUGCAGGUAUUCCCGUGCUUGAUCACAUUAUAAAUGCUGUUAUUUUAACUUCAGCUUUAUCUGCAGGUAAUUCAUUCCUUUAUUCAGCAUCAAGAACAUUGUUUUCAAUGGCACAACGUGGUAAAGCACCUAGAUUUUUCAGUAAUGUCAAUAGAUUUGGUGUUCCAUAUUAUUCAGUUGGUGCAGCAUCACUUUUUGGAUUUUUAGCCUAUUUAAAUGUAUCAUCUACAUCUGCUAAUGUAUUUAAUUGGUUAUCAAAUAUAUCAACCAUAUCAGGAUUUAUUGGAUGGAUUGCUAUUUCUUUUGCUUUCCUUAGAUGGAGAAAAGCUAUUGCGUUCCAUGGUCUCACUGAUAGAAUUCCAUAUAAACCAUUUGGUCAACCUUUUGGUGCUUGGUAUGUUAUAGUCUUCAUGUCAUUAAUAACAAUUACAAAUGGUUAUGCUGUCUUCUUUGAUUUUAACGGAGCUGAUUUUGUUGCUGCUUAUAUCACUUUACCAAUUCUUGUUGUUUUAUAUUGUGGACAUCUUAUUUACUCAAAAUUAAAAAAUCAUAGUAUAGCCUUUUUAACACCAAUAGAGGAUAUUGAUUUGGUAACUAAUCUAGAUUUGAUCGAAGAGGAAGAACAAAAUUACGAAGUUCGUGAGCCUAAAAACUUUUUACAAAAACUUUGGUACUGGAUAGCUUAG